UGCAACGCGAUGAAGCUGCCAGCGGACAACAUUAAAUCUCUACCAAUUGCACUUGCCACACUGCUGCUGCAACUUGUGCUCCUGCUGCCUGCCGCCAAAUCGCAACAUUACUAUCCACAUGCGCAUCGUCAGCUCUAUUACGAUUCACCGCCCGCUCGCCUCCGACGCUUUGAAUACGUUCCGAAUCCAUUUGUGGCUGGCUAUGUGGCGCCACCUGCCGUCCACUAUCAGCAACAGACACCCAACUUUCAGCUGAUCAACUAUCGUCCGAGCUAUCAACCCCUCGCCUUGGAAUACCAGCAACAACAGCCACCUGUGGCUCCACAAGCAGCUGCUGCUCCCGUUCCGGUGCCAGUUCCUGCACCAGCUCCCCCGCUGCCCUCGCUCUAUCCGCAGUCCAGUGUGCAGUAUCAGCAGCGUGCUGCUCCCCAGGCGGAGCUUGCCAAGUAUCGCUACGAGGGCAACUAUCUGCCCAUACAGCAGCGUGUGGCAGUUGCGCCGCGUCGCGUCGAGGAUCAGUUGUACAAUGUACCGCCUGCGCUCUUCACUAGCGAUGUGUUGCACGUGGUGCCAUCGCGUGCAGCAGCAGUGCAACAUCAGCAGGAAGCCCAUGCUCAAGCUCAAGCGCAAGCGGAUCGUCCGAGACGCUUUGCAGCGGAUGCGGUGGCUGCUGAAUCCCGCGCUGAUCACGCUACGCCAAGUCACGCCAAAGAAGUCAAAUACUUUCACGACAUUUUCAUGAGAUUUGAUGGACCCCAUGGACGUAGCAGUGGCCAUGUGGUGGAGCAUCCCCAUGCACAAGAACGUCGCUUUGAAACACAGCGCGGCACAAAUCGCUAUAAGGGGGAGGUCAUUUGGACGGAUCGUCGUGGGGCACAUGGCGAACAUCGUUGGGACAUGGCGCAGGGAAAACUCUAAGCUGCUCAACCAUAUUUACAUAAUUUACUUCCUUAACUCGAACUGCAUUUCUUCUCUCCCUCUUCCUCUAUCUCCUUCUCUUUCUCCCUCUCUUGCUCACUCUCUUCUAUUUAGCGGUACUUGUAUAA